AUGGCUCCAGCCGCAACUGCUGCUUCGGCUCAAUUGAAGCCUCCGGAGCUGGCUACAAGGAAUGCACCUGGCUCAUCUGGAGGAUCUAUCGCCUCCAGCACUGCCGUAUCCAAAAUACCUGGUCGAUCAGCUCUUCCAGAUGAAGCUGUUUCCAACCCUCACCAUCUCCUCAAGCGUGGCUCUCUAGUGGGCUUCAAGAAUCCUUAUCCUUCACAUUCAUACACUCCCAACUUCGGUACCAUGGUUCGAAGAGUCUGGUGGCCCACUUUCACCGGCGACAUGAAGCAACCCGAUUUGACUCCCCCAACUGUACCAGUGGUAAAGCCACAAUGGAAUACCGAGCGCGAAACAAGCGAUAGGAUCCGCGCAACAUGGCUAGGCCACGCUUGCUACUAUGUCGAAUUCCCUUCUGGCCUGCGCGUUCUCUUCGACCCUGUCUUCGAGGACCGAUGCUCUCCAUUCAACUUCAUGGGACCAAAGCGAUAUACGCCCAAGCCAUGUGAUAUCAAAGACAUUCCAAUCAUCGACGCUGUUUGCAUUAGCCAUUCCCAUUACGACCACCUUUCACAUUCUUCCAUUCUCGAGGUCCAGAAAUAUCAUCCAGACGCACAAUUCUUCGUUGGUCUGGGUCUGGAGACAUGGUUCCGCAAGUCUGGCAUCAACCACGUUACUGAGCUCGAUUGGUGGGAAGAUGCCGACCUCACUGUCACAGUCAAAGAUGGAGACAGUCCCCGCGAGAUCAGCGCCAGGAUAAUGGCUUUGCCGUGUCAGCACGGUUCGGCGCGGACCAUGUGGGAUCGUGACACUACCCUAUGGUGCUCGUGGGGUGUUCGAUCUAGCGACAAGUCAGUUUGGUUUGGUGGCGACACGGGCUACCGAUCGGUCCCAAGUCUCCCUCCUGGAACCGAUGACUACAGUGCUGAAUAUGAUCAUCUUCCGAGAUGCCCCCAGUUCAAACAGAUUGGCGAAUUCCGGGGACCUUUUGAUCUUGGCUUGAUUCCAAUUGGUGCCUACCAUCCGCGUGUGGCAUUUUCGCCGGUGCAUGCGGAUCCGGCUGACGCCGUUGAGAUCUUCCGCGAUACACAAUGCAAGCGUGCAAUGGGAAUUCAUUGGGGCACGUGGGCGCUCACGUUGGAGGAAGUUCUGGAACCACCUAAGAUGCUGAAGACGGCUCUUCGAAAGAGAGGUCUACCCGAGGUGGGUGUAUUUGAUGUUUGCGAUAUUGGUGAAGCUCGGGAAUUCUAG